AUGUCGUACCAGACUGGCCGCAUCUCCCCCAUAUCUUCUUCCCAAACACCCGCGGAGGACACGAACAUACGAGUCCCGGGUCGUCGCUUUUCAUUACAAUCGUCAAACACCUCCUUCCAAGAAGACGGAUUGCCGGGUCUGCCCCGCGCGGUUCGGAAUUUGCUGAGUCCCCCGCAGUCUGCAAGGAGUCCCGGUGCUCGUGCUCGCCGGCCUUCCUUGUUGUCAGGGCGUGGUGUUCAGAGUCCUCUGGAGCCAAUCGCUUCAUCGCCACUGCGCACCGCUUCGUCGACCAUGGCAUCUGCGCCUAGUUCUCCCGAGAGGCCCCAGGCCAAUGCGGAGGAUGGCCAGCGAAUAUCGUCCCACCAGUCCACCAGGGACGACCGUCGAUUCUCCACUGGUCGCGUGGCGGGGAUCGAUGAGGAUGCCAAGUCAGACAUAUCCACAAUCUCCGCGGAACAGACAGGAUCGAAGAAGAAAACUCAAGGACGGAAGGCCAUGGCUGCCAUGAUGUCGGGGUUGGAGUCGAGACUCUUUCCCAAAAGUUUCAGCCGUGGACGAGACUCAAGUCGGGGAUCAUCACGCCGUGGGUCCUCGUUGGAUUCCAGGUCUCAUUCAUCUGCCUCACGGCUGAGUCGUUCGGUCUCCCCCGGCCACCGCAUGUUCGAAUCUGAAUCCCAACCCACAACACCCAGCGCAGAGAAAGGACAAGCAUUGAAGAUGGAGGAUGCUCACAAUAAAUCCGACGAGGCUUUGUCCAAACCUUCUGGUGGUCUGCCCGACUAUGUUAAGCCGACCGAGCAAGAAGAAUCCGGAGAGCGACUGGCGAAGGACGUCUUCGAUCGCGACAAGAACAUCAUUGAGAGCAGCGAGGAGGAUGGUGAUGAAGAGUCCAGCGAGGACGAACAGGUCCCAGGGGUCACCGUGGUGAGCGUCGAGCGGGGCCGCAAGCCGAGAGUUGACGACAUAAGCCGUAUCACCUCCAGCGACUUCAACAAACCAAAAGACACCAAGUUUUCAAUCACAGACGAGCAAAAACCAACUCUCAAGCACAACAUCCCCGCCAUGGGCAAGAAGCCGCGAAAGUCUGCUCUGAAGUCGGUCGUUCACCCGCAGACUAGCUUCGACAUCCCCACCCCAUACGCGCAUUCCGCAGCGGGCACUCCUUACGGUUCGGAGGAUGAAGCUGAGAAGGCCGACGUUCACCGCGCCCAGCAACUCAGCAUCUCCAUGUCUACGAUCGACAACCGCGUUCCCAACCGCUCUAUCCGCACUAUCGUUCGUGGCGAUUUUGCAAGCCUCCAGGAGGAAGCGGAUGGUGGACGGCGCCGUCAACGGAAGUACCUGGUUGCCACAGAUCUAAGUGAGGAGUCUGUGUACGCCCUCGAGUGGACGGUCGGAGCCAUUCUGCGGGAAGGAGAUACCAUGUAUGCGAUCUACGCCAUGCAUGAGGACGCAAGCACAUCUUCUGUUCAAGUCGGUGAAGGCGCCAAGGCUAUGCAAGAUGCCGCGGUUGUAGUCGGCAGCCAGACGAAGGAGGCCAGUCGUGCCCAUGGCACGAGCUCUCGCAACCUCUUGGGCCGGCUGGGACCCGGAACCGCCAGCAAGGCGAGCUCUGUGGAUUCACGGAUGAUGUCACCGGCCGCGGAAGAAGAGCGAGUCAGUGCGGUUGAAGCGGUGUCCAGCACCUGUGUGAAGCUGCUUCGAAAGACGCUCUUGCAGGUUCGCAUUGCCGUGGAAGUGAUCCACUGCAAAAGCCCGAAGCUGAUGAUCACCGAGGCCAUUGACGAGCUGGAGCCAACCCUGGUGAUUGUGGGUGCUCGAGGCCAGAGUGCCCUGAAGGGAGUACUGCUCGGCUCAUUCUCAAAUUACCUCCUUUCCAACUCCUCCGUCCCAGUGAUGGUCGCCCGUCGCAAGCUCAAGCGACACCCCUCAAAGGGGAAGGCGAACGUGAGACUCUCUAACAACCUCCCCACCCCCAAGAGCCUCACGCAGGCGAAGGUCGAUUGA